AAAUAGCGACUACGGAAGAUGGUUACAAAAGAAGAACGCGAAGAGGUUCGCAAGAGUCUAUUCGCGGACUUUGAACAGCUCCGAACGAAGCCUGGGAAAACUCAGGAAAGUCAAUUCGAGCCCGCAUGAAUCUGGUCGCUAGAUAGAUACCAGGAUUGAACAGACUCGCACGAAAAAGAAACGAAGACAAUAGGAGGACGGCUACAUUACCUCUUGCCAAUAAGUGACACCAUUACGUAAAAGAAAUACACAAUAGAAUAAUAGUUCCACUCCAUGUUAGGGUAUUGCAAUCCGCAAUCGGCUUACAAAAACGCAAAUAAAACAAAGACAACUAACAUAAGAUACACACUUCACGAAAUACACAAUAUAAUAUGAUACGUACAAAGAUUACGUAACAAUACACUAAGAUACAGAAAGUGAAGAAAAAAACUUAACGUAAUAUAAAAUAAAAGAAAAAGUGGGACAGCUCUUUAUUUGUCCUUUCUAAUUUAAUAAAUAUUCAUUUCUUGUGAUAAAAAUGAGUUUUAUUUACAAAUUAUUAUUUAUAUAAGUGUUCUAUAUUACAAAUCGUUUCUCUACUAGCUAUUUUUUACUUUUUUUACAGUUUUUACCGUGGUUUUAAGGCAUUAAAAUUUUUGCAAUAUUAACAAUUAGCGUAUGAAUAUUUAUUAAUUUCUUCGCAUUUUGAUGCAGGUUUCAUUAAACGAAAUGCAUAUCUUUCGCACUGGCAAGCUUUUAAACUCAGGUGUUCCAUAUUAGGGGUGCCGGUACCCUAUCUCUAAAAAUUUAUCAUUGAUAAAAUCAAUCCUUACUUUUUUCAGAUAUUCGUAAUAUAGAAAUCUUCAACACUACCACAAUUCAUUUAUUGACAACAGAAUUUCAUGUUCAAUUUUGUAUGAAUGUAAUAGAUUUAUCUGUCAAAUUCUUUGUGCUACUUGAUUUGUAAAUAAUUGUAAAAUUAACAUCUAUUAUAUCAUUAUGUUGACGCGGUCGAGAAGGCGUUGGUUUUCGUUGCCACCACGCAACAAAUGUCACACUUGUAACCUAACUAACUGAUAAAAGAAGAAAUACGCAGUAAUGUUAAAUUAACAGUCAAAAUACGUAAAGGCAGUGGUGACUAUAACUUUAUUAUUUAAUUGUCGUUCGAAGUAAGGAAAUGGAAUUAAGUUUCAGCUCUAAAACAAUCGUAGCCAAAUUACUUUUUUAAAAAAUCUCGUUGUUUGAAAGUGAGAGAACAAAUCGGAAAGUAUUCCUGAUGCCAGGUUUUUGGCAUAAAUGCAGUUCAGCGUCCUACUUAAGAGCAUUAGAUGAAUAUGGAAACCGUAAAGGAGUAUCUAGGAUCUAUAAAUCCACAUUGGGUGGCCGUGGUGGCGACAGGCAUGUAUACUCAUCUUCGACAAAUUUGCAUAAUAGGCCUCUGUUUCGAUGACGAAAACAGUUCCCCUUUCGAUCCAUCUUACGCAUCGGUACUCUUCAUAUUUUCCGUACUGUGCCUUCUCGCGGAAUACAGACUUUGGCCUAGAACACUUAAGGAGCCACCAAUUCAACUUCUUUAUAUUUACGAAAUGCUGGUGGCUGCUUUGACCACAAAUUUAGCGACACAUGCCGUUUGGGUGCCAUUCAUGCGUGUCAUACGCUGUUUAACUCAGGAAUCAAGUAAAUGGUUGCUUCGGUUAAACGGAACAUUGAAUUUGAGUCGUUAUUCCAUUUUAACCGAGUUCGCUUAUUACAUGGAAAAAGAAUGUGCAGUAACACAUUUUUCGUUUUGUAUGUCGAUAUUGUCUUUCGUAUGGAUGCUUGAUGCCACGGAAUCACUGGAUGCAAUUUUGGAUAUUUGGGCCAAGUAGUGAACCAGUGAUGUUUAGUUUUGGAAAACAGGAAUCCAUUUUGGACAUUCUGGAAAGGGAAAAGGAAAAAACUAACUUUCGCAAAUCCUGAAGUAUCAGAUUGGUUCGUCUAUAAAUUAAUGAGCAGCAAAGAUCUAACGUAAACAAAUAUCUCAAGGAAUGUUGAACUUCAAUUGAGAUUUAAUUUGCAUAUGUACAUUAUUGGUCCAUU